AUGGAUGUCAAAACUGCCUUCUUUAAUGGUGUUCUUAGAGAAAUUGUAUUUAUGAUGCAACCGGAGGGUUUUGUUGAUCCUUAUAAUCAAGGAAUUAUGAUUGCUUGUUUCGCUGUGAUGCUUGCUAAACAUCACAGCGUAAAAGGAGACUAUAAAAGCAGUAUUCAGAUAAUCAGCAAUCUUAAUCACCUACCUCCAUUGGAGUUAUACACUAUUACCUCCUCUUGGUCGUUCUCCACCCCGGGUAUCGAUAUAAUUGUGUUGAAUGGACUACUUGUUCCUCAAAUAAAAUUCACUAAUAUUGGUGUUGCAGCAACUAAAGAAACUCAGCAACUACCAGCUUCUUUAAUAAGGGCCCCGAGAAGACCACGUCCGACCGCGCCGUCGCCUCCUAUGCCUAACGUGCCUAUUCACUUCAUGCCGCCUGCUCCAACACUAGAUCCACCACCACCUCAUAAUUGUCAGCCACCGCCUUCGCGUCAACAACAUUCACCACGCCCUCCUACUGUUUUACCAUCAGCUCCACCACUGCCACCGUAUUAUUGA